CCGCCACAACUCUCCCUCGACCUUCUCCUCGCGACAAACCCCUUGGCCACGUGGCCACGUCCGCCCCCGUUCUUCUUUUCAGCCGUGAAAAAAAAAAGAAAAGAAAAAAGAGAAAAAAAAAACCCGUUAAUUUACACCGUCGCACGAGCCCUUCGUCCCCAUUUCUCCUCCUCCUGUUCUUCGAUUCCAGGCAUGGCGGAAUCCUCUGCCCUAUGCUUCGCAUUCCGCUCGAUUUCCCCCUCCAAACCCUCAUUCCCCUCUUCUUCUUCUUCGUCCUCCUCGUCCUCGUCGCCUCCGAGCGACUUGGUUCUCCGCCUUCGCCGAUGCUCGCCUCGCCCUUUGCGAGCUCGAUCGAAGAGCGCCGACGAUUGUGGCUUCUUCGGCGACGAUCCCUAUGGCCCCUACCCAUGGGAAUCCUCUUCCGCAUCCGAUGAAUCGACCAUUCAGUGGGUGCCUGGAGAUAAAAUUACGCUUUUUACUACUGAAGGACUCAUUCAGCUAGGAGGCUCUCUUGUUCCUCGUAGAUUUCCUGUUGGUGAUAAGAGACAAUCGAAAGGAAAAACAUCACAGAGGUAUCAGCGGUUUCAAGAGAGUGAUUACAUGGAUCCAAAUCAACGCCUCUGCCUUGGUGCGCUCUUUGAUAUAGCAGCAACAAAUGGACUUGAUAUGGGUCGGAGAUUAUGCAUCUAUGGGUUUUGCCGCUCCAUUGAAAUGCUAAGUGAUGUCGUUGAAGAUACUGUGCUGGAGCAUGGUGGUGAGGUAGUUGCAGCGGAGAAGGCCAGCAGCGGAGGGUUUCACGAGAAGCUGACGAUGACGGUUGCAGUGCCGCUGCUUUGGGGCGUUCCUCCUGCAUCCGAGAGUCUCCGUUUUGCGGUCCGCAGUGGAGGCGGCAUUGUCGAGAAGGUCUAUUGGCAGUGGGAUUUCGUAUAAGAUGUACACUCUAACCCAUAUGUUUGUUCAUGCCUUGUGUAUAGAAAUAUGUUGUUCUAAUUCACUGAUCUGCAGUAUAAUCCCCCAUUGUAUCUGCAUCACUUGCAUGUACAGAACUCGAAAUUCUUUGUUAUGUAACUCCUUGGAUGAAUUAUUUCAUUCUAAUUUACCAA